AGAUCAAUCCUAGCGGGAUCAGUGCGCUAACAGCCCCACCAAAAUCCAGUCACGGUCUGGACACGGUAGCCGCCGUGCAUAAAGCCUGCCUUAUGCAAGUGGCCCGAGGUUGUUCCGGGAGACAUCGUGACUGAAUUGGAGCUGGAGCUGUGCAGCGCGCCGGCAAUCAUAAUGGGGCCGCAACUUCACGUGCAAUCACCGCCAGCACGUUCUGUUCAACAAACACUAUCACCCUACAUCAAAUGCUAUAUGAUUCACAACGUAUUUUCCUUUAUUUUUCCACACUUCCUCAACAUCGCGCCAUCGACCGGUUCAUAACGUUCUGCCAGACUUUUAGUCUCCGUUGACGAGAGCUGAUACAACUUUCAAUGGAGCCUCAAGUGAAGGAGUCGUUGGACGCGCUCCAGAACCUUUUCAACGAUGUGCUUAUCCAGACGGGGAAAGCGCUUCGUGCGCAACACCGAGAGGCCCAAGGCCAGGUGGUCGCUCAACCACAGUUAAAGUUCCCUGAAACCCGUAGCCUAUUCUCACAGGCCUUGGACAAUCUGGAAACCGAAAUUGUACAAGCAAAGUCUGUCUUUCAACGCGACAUCACCCGCCUGCAGACAGACACCACCCAAACUGUGACCCAGCCAGAGCCAGUCCAGCCCCAGACCAAGUCACCCCUGCUAAUAGAUGCUGAAUCUUCGCCACCAGCCGUCAAACAAGAUGUCGACAUGUCUGAUCAAAACGUCGAUAGCAACAUUGUGGCCCCCUUUCCGGACAUGGGUAUGGACUCUAUUGAGCCAAAGGCCGAGGAGGUGAAGGAUGAGCAAAAGCAACCGUCUGAAUCUCAAGCGAAGCUCGAGGCUCCCCCAGUUGCUCCCAUGUCAGCAGAGAACCAACUCGAGCGGACUGUCUCGAACCCGGGCGAGGCUAAGCCUGAGAAGACCGAGGAACCCACCAUGGGCGAACCGACGCCUGCUGACUCUGCAGCAUUCACAAACAUGGAAUUCACAUUGGUGCCAACAGACAGCGGCCCGCAGGGAAGCAACAAUGGGCAACCCCAGGGCAACGAUGGAAGCACAGGACCGAACGCCUUGGAUGGGAUCAACUUUGGGGAUUUCAUGCCACCGAACGAGCCUGCCAACAAUAACAGCCAGCCAGCCUUCGAUAUUAACACGGUCACACAAGAUGGAAACGAAGCAAGCAAUGCCACGGACACCUCGGCUCUGGAUGACUUUGACUUCUCUACUACCGGCCCCGCGCCCGAUAUGACUUGGGACGGCGAUGGGCUGGAUUUCGACUUCAACACUGAGGAUAACACAUUCAACGACCUUAUGGACAGCCAUGAAGCUGAUUACGACGGUGGUCAGUCACACAAUCAUGGAAUGGAAGGGCAGAACGACGCAUUUCAUGUCGACUUUUUGGACAUGGAUCCAACCAACGGGUCUUAGGAUGAUUCCUGGUGGACUCGAUUAAACGAA